AUGGUUGCCGCGCUCAAGACGGCUUCCGAAACGGCUUUGCAGAUCCAGAUCGAGGCAGUCGCGGUGACCGCCCCGUGGAUGGUGGCCUUGGAUAACCAGUUCCUGGAUGUCGUGCAUGAUGUCGUCCGGGCCAUACCAGCGCUUUGUGCAAGCGAGUCUAGGACUGCGGAAUGGAAGGAAAACGGCAAGGCGGAUCACGUCGAGCUUGUGAUACCGGAUGACCGGACGUAUGGGGCCUCCAAAGGAGCCGCGUUCUGGUUGCGAACAAGGAUGGAUAGGACGUAUUGUGCCGAGGAAGGUAUCUCGGAUCAGUAUGAUAUGAUAGGAGAUACUCAUGUGGAGUUAUAA